CCCCCCAUAACUUGACCAGGCAUGUGGUCUCUGUGCUUGACCCUCGGUGGAUGCUACUGUCUCCGCCUGUUCUUGUAUUGUCUUUAUUUUGCUCCUUCCUCUUUCCCUCCUAACUGGAAUCAUGGCUUUCUACAGACACUCAGGUCCCAGGAGUUACCUCACCUCCACCAUGACUGACCGCUUUGACUGCUACUACUGCCGGGACAACCUGCACGGGAAGAAAUAUGUGAAGAAGGAGGACAAGCACGUGUGCACCAAGUGCUUUGAUAAGAUCUGCGCCAACACCUGCGCAGAGUGCAGGCGCCCUAUUGGUGCUGACGCCAAGGAGCUGCACCAUAAGAACCGCUACUGGCAUGAGGACUGUUUCCGCUGUGCCAAGUGCUACAAGCCGCUGGCCAGCGAGCCGUUCAGCGCCAGGGAUGAUGGCAAGAUAAUGUGCGGCAAGUGUGGCUCUCGGGAGGAUGGCAACCGCUGCCAGGGCUGCUACAAGGUGGUCAUGCCAGGCUCCCAGAACGUGGAGUACAAGCACAAGGUGUGGCACGAGGAAUGCUUCACCUGCUUUGAAUGCAAGCAGCCGAUCCGCACACAAAGCUUCCUGACCAAGGGAGAUGACAUCUACUGUGCUCCCUGCCAUGACAGGAAGUUUGCUAAGAAAUGCUUCCACUGCAAGCAGCCCAUCACCUCUGGAGGGAUCAGCUACCAGGACCACCCCUGGCACUCUGAGUGUUUUGUGUGCCACACCUGCCGUAAACCUCUGGCGGCAGCUCGCUUCACUUCUCAUGAGAACAACGUUUACUGUGUGGAUUGCUUCAAGACUGAUGUGGCCAAGAAGUGCCAUGGAUGCAAGAACCCAAUCACAGGGUUUGGCCAUGGCACCAAUGUGGUGAACUAUGAGGGAUUCUCCUGGCAUGAGUAUUGCUUCAACUGCAAAAAGUGCAGCCUCUCGCUGGCCAACAAGCGCUUUGUCAUCAGUGGAGAUCACAUCUACUGCCCUGACUGCGCUAAGAAAGUGUGAACUGCACGAUCAGCUGUGCAGAUAGUCGCUGUUUAAAGUGGAAUUGCACCAAAACUGACUUUUACUGUUGAUUUGUAUGAGAAUGCACAUUUUUGGAGUGAAUAUCAACCCUCAAAAUAACAGAAAUGUUAUUGUGUUUGAAAAAAUGUCAGAAUUGUCAGUUUUGGUGAAGCUCCUCUUUGAGGUUGACAAGAGCAGAGGUUAUAUCAACUAAACAUGCACUAGCUUGAGUCAUUUAUCUACAUAUGCAUUAGUGGAACUUGUUUCAAGUGUUGGAUACUAACAUGGCAAGCAGGAUUUCUUUUUUGGGAUUGCAAUGUGCACUAUUAGUCUAAUCUAAUCCAGGAUUCUGUGAUGCUUUAUAAGACAAAAGCCUUUUCAGUGCCUUACUGGAAUCUUUCAGAGAGAAUUGUGCUUUUUACAUGCAUACAGCUGCUCAUACAUACUGGCUUUGAUUAAUAAUCUGUUAUAUUCAUGUUUGAACGGAUUAUCAGAAUUUAAAAAAAAAAAACUGUUCAGAGUGAAUUUAAAGUUAGAUUGUUGAGAGUGACGCUGAAAUAUUAACUGCUCGUGUAUUCAAGACUUUGAGUGACGCUAAAUGUAAAAAGAAUAGAAGGAGAAAGUGAUGUAAAGUCUGUUUUCUCUCCACAGCAACAAAUUAAAAACAUGGCAAAGGAG